GCAGGAGGCGCUCGCAGCCCCGCCCCGCUGCGCACGCGUGUGGGGCUGGGCUGGCCCGGCCGGGAGAUGCCGAGCGAGGCGGGAAUGCCGCAGCCGGCCGGGGAGGGCAUCCCGCAGCCGGCCGGAGACAGCGAGACGGAGGUGUUUGAGAUUGUGCUGCCCAUCACUGUUCUCAUGCUGAGCGAUGAGGAUUUUCUCCAAAGCGAUGCUGAAGAACAGAAAGUGUCCAUUCCUGGGGUAAAGCAGGAGUUUGAAUUAAGCAACAGCCCUUGCGUGAAAAAUGAAUGGGAGCCUGAGGUGAAACAGGAGUUUAAAUUAAGCAACAGCCCUUGCGUAAAAAAUGAAUGGGAGCCUUCAAACGACAGUAGCAGUGUAAGCAAUUGGGGUGAAAACAAGACUGUUUCAAACGAAGAUAAUUUUGAACAUAAGUGGUUUGCUCAGAGUGUGUGUAACACAUCAAAAUUACCUUUAAGCAAUGGAUGUGAUGCAGACACGAACAUAUAUGGAGAAAAUUGCAUGUUACCUACAUCGUCUUGCAAAACAGAGCCUCCAGAGAUAAUCAAAUACAGUGAUGGAGAAGAUUGUGGUGGUGAUGAUGGCUUUCAGAAGAUGCCUCCUCUCCUCUCCAGUGCUGACAGUGACAGAGCUGACACUGUUGAGACAAGCAGACCAUGGCUGUGGAUAGCGGAACCCAAACAGGAAGAAGAACCUGUCAGUGUUGGAAGUKUUCUUUUUGAUGGCAGUCCACAGAAACAACCAGAAAUCGACAAGGAGAUAAUAAUGGUUAAAAUUGAAGAUCCUGAUUCCUUAAAGAAUGAAGAUAAUGAAAGUGAUAACAUGAGAAUAAUCAAAAUUGAAGAUGAAACUCUUUUGGAACAUGGCUUGAAAGAGGAGAAAUUUACCUAUGAUUGUUCUGAACCAUUUCUUAAUGGAUGKUCUCCGAUUUUUGAAGAUGUAGGGAAAUCUGAGAUGAAUGGUUCCACUUCUGCUGAAUCAAAUACUACCGGAGAGCAUAUUUACAAGAUGUUAACACCAUUCCCUAAGAAAAAMCAAAAAGUUUUGCAACAAAAAAUUGUUUCUUCUCGUGAAAGCUCAGAAGAAUUCCAGAACCAGCAAGAAGGUUUAACAUGUCUGAAUGAUAGUAUGACCAUCACACCUCUUCCUAAAACAUCGUGUUCUACCAAGGAGAAUGAAAGAUGGAGUUUCAAAUGCAGGUUUUGUAGUUCUGUGUAUAAAUUCAAUGCGCACCUGAAGAAACAUAUUUAUUCAGCUCAUAAAGAUAAGAAAAUACAUAARUGCUGCUUUUGUAAAAGAACUUUUUUCUUUUCUUUCAACCUUAAGAAUCACCUUAAAUUUCAUAAGAAGGUUGCUAGGUUGCAAAAGGCAAGAAAAAAAAGAAUAAAUGCAAGAAAAGUGAGGCAGAAAGAAGCUGAAGAAGGCGAAUCUGAGACCAUGAGAAAAGAAAGUAAAUAUGAGAAAUUUUUCAUUAAAAUUGAAAGGGACUUUGCACCUCUGGAUGUGCCAGUUAACUUCUCCUGCAGAAUUUGUUUCUUUGYUUCAUCAARUCCUAGGAAUUUUAUUCAUCACAUGAAGGGACAUAAGGGGAGACCACCUUACCAAUGCCCUCAGUGUGAUUACUCCUGCAGCAGCUUAUCCUACCUGUUAAAUCACAUGUAUUGGCAUGCUGGCUAUAAGCUCUAYCAGUGCAGGUUCUGCACCUUUCUUUCAUUGUAUUUUGCAAGCAUGGUGAGGCACAGCCACAUCCACGCAGGGGAUAAACCAUAUUCCUGUGAGCUCUGCCAGGCAGCAUUCACCAGCACCUCAGGGUUGGAGAGGCACAGGAGGAUACAUGUAGGAACAGAAACGUGCCAAGGACAGCAACCUGACUGCCUGAGUGGGAGAAAGAGAACUGAAAGACUUCUAAAGARCUAUCCAUGUGAUGAAUGUAACCUUAUGUUCUACACUAAAGGRCAUCUCAGCUUCCACAAGAAAUUUCAUGAACAGUUAAAGGCGACUGCUAAUCGCUAUACAAGUCAGAGCAAUAAACACUGUAAAAGCAAAAUACGCAAAGCUGAUGGUAAUUCUCAGGGCCAUCUUUCUCACUCUCUUUUUAGUAGAGAAAAUGAUUGUCUCAGUGGGGGAAUCCUGGCUUCAGAAGUAGGUUUUGAGCAAGCAGGUGAUGUGUGGGACAAUAAGAAAAUACGCCCUGGAAAGAAAUUUUCUGAAGAUAGUCAUGGCAGCAACAGCCUGGUUGUUCCUGGGAAUAGAUCAGAAGUUCCUCAGACUUCACACCAAAUGGACACUGCCACUUACAAAGAGGAGCCUUUCUUCAAAUCAGAGGCUUCUCAUUCACGAGUGCAAGACUAUGCUUCGUAUCAUAACUUUGUGGAUAAGUGUCCUUCCAAUUUAAAUACAUUCCAAACAUACACAUGCCAGCACUGCAGUUAUGUUACUGCUGUUCCUAACAACUUCAGGCUCCACCUAAAGAUACAUACGAAUGAAAGACCAUUUGUGUGUAAUGAGUGCAAUGAAGCAUUUAAAACAUCAAACCAUUUGCAGGAACACAGCCUUCUUCAUGUGAAAAAUGGACAGGAGUUUGGCAGUUGCCUCUUUGUAGAGAGGUGUUUAGAGAAUCUUGAAGUGCAUCGUGAAAUCCACAGAGGCAUGUAUCCAGAUACGGAUUUUGAUUCUUGCGAAGAUUCAAACAGCAUGCUUGGUUCAGAAGUCAGUGGAGUUCAGCGAGGUGUUCAGAGUGGCACAGCAAAUCAUGUGCAAGCACGAAGUCAGCCACAGUGCUAUCAGUGUGUGGAGUGCAGCUAUGCUACUGGCAUUUUAAGCAACCUGAAACUCCACAUYAGAACUCACACAGGUGAGAAGCCCUACACGUGCACUGUUUGUCAGAUGAAGUUCCGUACUUCCAGUCACCUGAAAAGGCACAGACUCACACAUUURAAAACGGAGCAAUUCAAGUGCUUGAGCUGUGACUUCUCUACCAGCAAAUGGGUGUCCUUGAAACAGCACCUGGCCUCGCACAGUGGGGAGGGAAGCUCCUCUGCUGGCUGCCUCUUUGAGCACAAGGAGCUGCCUGUCAAGGUGUACAAGUGUGAGGAGUGUGGCUAUUGCACAACCCGCAACGGGAACCUGAAGCUCCACCUGAGGAUCCACACGGGGGAGAAGCCGUUCCCGUGCGGGCAGUGCUCCAUGGCCUUCCGCACCUCCAGCCAGCUCAAGCGCCACUCGCUGACGCACCUGAGGCUGUGCUGCCAGAGGUGUGAAUAUACCACGAUGGAUAAAGACGCUUUCCAGAAGCACAUCAAAACGCACAAAAAGAAGCACAAGUGUGCAAAGUGUAACGUGGUGCUGCCCACCAAAAAACUGCUGGAGAAGCAUAAGCGGCAGCACAAGCUUGGAAUGUGAGGUUGGGCAUUGGAAGUUGGCGCUUUGUUGUGGAGAGGUUUGUAUGUCCUGAAGUUCUUCAUGGCUUUGCAUUCCUUUGCUGUACCCAGAAYGAUGGCUGGUAAUGGAUGCUUCCAGCAUUUUGGUCCAGAGGGUGAAACUUGGGGUACUGGUUUGCUGUAGGAUUCUCUGAGAGCAUCAGUUCUAACACAGGCUGUGCUGAAGAUCAUGGAGACACUUUUUCAUCCCUGCGUAACUGCUUCAAUAGAAGUCAGUUAGGAUUUGGCUAGUGGUCAUCUGUGUUCAAACUGUUAUUCUGCACCACUUAUUUUCUUGUAAAAAUGUAAUAAGAAAAAACCUCACUUUUCUAACUGAAUGUUUAAAGGGAGGGAAGGAAGGGCAUGUUAUAUUUURUAGUAAUAACUUUUCAUAUGAAAUACACCAGUGUAUCUGGAGGCUUAAUGCUACCUCCUGUCUGCUGAAAAUUGCCUCCUUUACUCCCAGGUGCUUUUGUGAUACUUGUAAGAGAACAAAAAAUAGUAUCUCACAAAAUUACGAAACAAAAUAUGCAUGUUAUCACUGGGUAAUUGUGACAUGAAAAUGUUUUCCAUAUGUCUGUAUGUACAAGAUGUUUAUUAAGCAAUUACCUUGUCUGUAGUUUUGAUAAUUUUUUGAGUAGUUUGGCAAGUGGUAAUGUCCUGAAGCAUAUAUUUUAUGAUACUGAGAAUCUUUAAAUCUUCAACUUUGUGUAAAUUUCCAGUAUGUUAAUCUAGUUUGAAAUGCCUUACCUUUUCUCAGGUUGGUAGUUACUGUGUUUGUUAAAAUAAAUUGUAUACUUUUCAAAUAGCUUCUGUUAAYAGGAGCACCUGCUGAUAAUUGUGAAUGUUAUUUAGUUACAUUGAAAAGUUUAGCAGUAUCUAAAUCUGUUAAAUUUAUUUUUGUUUAAGAGCUUCACUGUUAGUCUAAAAUACCAUCUGUGAGAAUCACUUGUACUAUGUAGCAGUUGGUGCAGGGUAUGGUGAACCCAGGUAGAUGCUGCUUCCCAUCUAGAGAAGUCUUUCUUUGUUUUAGAGUUAGGCAGUGCUAGGAACUCAUGAGUGUGAUAAGUGGUUUUGAUAACAAUGUAUUAUCCCCUUGUGUGAGGAAAGACAACAGAAAUCGAUUGGUGCAAACUCUGCCCUUAUGCUACAGCUCCGUCCACGGAGCAGCAGAAUAAACCCGUGCUUUAAUUUAGAGAAUGUAAAUGUGGAACUUGCAGUGCGUUUUUUACUGCUCCUGGAUGUGUGCUUUUCUUUAGAGAUACAGAUAAUGUCUUGUAGAGGCUUUCUGGUAAUGAAGGAGACAGACUGCAAAGAGCUGCUCAGAGAGGCAGUGGAGUGCUCCUCCUUGGGGAUAUUUAAAAGCCAUCUAGAUAUGAUCCUGGACAAUCAGCUCUGGGUGGCCAUGCCUGAGCAGGGGCUUGUCUUCAGAAUUGCAGCUAUUCUGUGACUUGGAACACAAUUUUCCAAGAGUGGAUUAAAACUCAUGGAUAGAUGCAUGUAUUUAAAGCCAGAUCAGCAAAGAUAUUCAAGUGAUCCASUUCUUCGCAGCUGCAGUAAAGUCAGACAAGUCAAUAUCUGUGUCUGAACCCUGGUGGUUACGGAUGAGUGAUUCAGAGCCACCGGAUCCAAUUGUGAAAAAGAGGAAUGUUAUGCUGUAUGAAGAAAAAAAAAGAAUUUCUGGGAAAUACUAAGGGUACUUAAGCUUGGAGGAAUUUUUACCUGCCUUACGUAUAAUUCUGAUCUUUUAUUUGAACAAAAUUCAAAAGAACAGGCACAAAAAGGAAACAAAAAUGAUGAGUGAAUUGUAAGCCUCUAUAUCAAAUGAUACUAGGAAGGCUAAAUCUGAUCAAGAGCAGUUGUUUAAAAGUAUGGUGUACAGUGAUGAUGAAGGGAGCCUGGUUUAGGGAGGUGAAUUAACUGCGGUACAUUUUUUGAAAGAGUUUGCAAAUAUAAGUUUCUUCAAGUUUGAAUUAAGAACAAGAAGGUAAUUUCAGUUGGACCUCAAUGAUUUUGUAAAAAUAAUUAUUCCUGGCACUGCCUCUAAUAAAAAUAAACAGUUUAAUGACUCCUGAUGUUGCUCUCUG